AUGUUCACCACUCACUUUGCUGGCAGCUGCCCACAUCAAACUACAACAAUCUCAUUUCUCAGCGUCAGAAAGGAACAAGACGAGACGCUUCGGGCUUUCAUUGAUCGAUUCAGUAAGGAUGCCCUUCGCACACCACACCUAAACCAAGAGAUGAUACUUCAGUACAUGGCCCUCACUCUUAAACUCGGCCCCUUCGCCAACAACGUCUACCUUCACCCACCCGUCUCUAUGAAUGAGUUAAAACUGCAUGCUGCUGUUUACGUCCGCAUGGAGGAAAUGCAAACUCUCCACACAAAGUUUAGCAAUGACUACACACCUUCUACCACAACCCCCUCUUCGCAACCUCCCCGUCCCGAUCUAAGACCCCGGGAACCCCGACAACCCUGCUUCACCAGAUACGUCCCUCUAAAUGUCCCUAGAUCCCGUCUCCUUGAUGAGGCCUUACAGGCCGACCUCAUCCCACCGCCACGCAAGACGACCACUCCCCCCAACGUGGACAUGACUAAAUACUGCCACUACCACCGAAACCCCGACCAUACCACAAAGGAAUGUAAAGCACUCCAGGAUAAAAUCGAAGAACUGGUUCGUGCUGGCCAUUUUCGCCGUUUUAUCCGCAAAGACGACCACCCCUCCCAAUCCAAUCACCCUCCUCGUUCCGACCACCAACGCCCUCCCCACGACUCUCGCCACGAUAAACGCCCAAACCAACCCGCAAACCAUGACCCGCAAACCACAAACUUAGGAUUCAUUGCGAAUAGAACAUCAUAA